UAUUCAAAACGAAAAUUAAAGGAGAAACAACAUAUAAAGUAUUUUGUACAAUAGUUAACAAGUAUUAAGCAUUUGCGCAUAAGUUAAAAAGAGAUAAACAUAAGCAUAAAUAUAGCAUCACUUUUUCAAUUGCUGUAAGAAAAAUAGUGAAGCACUCAGUCAGUCGUUCGUCGUUUUUUCACUCGUUCGUAUCGUUUUUAAGACAUUUAUCGUGUUUUUUAUUCAUUAAACUAAUUUUAGACGUUGUUGCUGAAAUUUGCACUUUUCUAUUUUCUUAUCGAAAAUUUAGCAAAUUUCUUUACAACGCCCAUAAGUAAAAAGAACGGGAUAAAAGAAAUAAAACUGCAUACAAUAACAAGAAAAACUUAAAUCGGACUUAUAGCCCCAACUUUUUGGAUUAUAUAAAUUUUUCUUUCGCCCCUCUGUGUUAAAAAAAGCCGUCAAAAUUGAAUCGACAAAGAUUGACGAGACUUUUUCCUCUACUUCAACUGCAAUGGAGGAUAAAGCAACAACAAAAGAUCUGGAUCAAUGGAUUGAACAAUUGAAUGAAUGUAAUCAAUUGACAGAAGCACAAGUUAGAACUUUGUGUGAAAAGGCCAAGGAAAUUCUUUCCAAGGAAUCAAAUGUUCAAGAAGUUAAAUGUCCUGUUACAGUAUGUGGCGAUGUGCAUGGUCAAUUUCACGAUCUUAUGGAACUAUUCCGGAUAGGCGGCAAAUCUCCAGAUACAAAUUACUUGUUCAUGGGUGAUUAUGUAGAUCGUGGUUACUAUUCGGUGGAGACUGUUACAUUAUUGGUGGCGUUGAAAGUACGCUAUCGUGAAAGAAUUACCAUAUUGCGUGGCAAUCACGAAUCCAGACAAAUUACACAGGUCUACGGUUUUUACGAUGAAUGUCUGCGCAAAUAUGGUAAUGCAAAUGUUUGGAAAUACUUCACCGACUUGUUUGACUAUUUACCGUUGACCGCUUUGGUCGAUGGACAAAUAUUUUGCUUGCAUGGUGGUCUUAGUCCAUCUAUCGAUAGCUUGGAUCACAUCCGCGCGCUGGAUCGCCUACAAGAGGUGCCGCAUGAGGGACCCAUGUGCGAUUUGCUUUGGUCUGAUCCCGAUGAUAGGGGUGGCUGGGGUAUUUCACCACGUGGUGCUGGUUACACCUUUGGUCAAGAUAUUUCAGAAACAUUUAACAAUACAAAUGGUCUAACAUUGGUGUCACGUGCCCAUCAAUUGGUUAUGGAGGGCUAUAAUUGGUGUCAUGAUCGUAAUGUUGUCACAAUUUUCUCAGCGCCAAAUUAUUGUUAUCGUUGUGGUAAUCAAGCGGCUCUUAUGGAAUUAGACGAUUCACUCAAAUUUUCAUUCCUACAAUUCGACCCAGCACCCAGACGUGGAGAACCACAUGUUACACGAAGAACACCAGAUUAUUUCCUUUAAGAGAAAUUACCAACAAGAUAACAUUACAAGAACAUUUACAUUUAUUACUAUAUAAAAUACUAAUGAUAAUAAUACAACAACAAAAUCAUAAAGGGAAAAAUCCAAAAUAUAAAAACCAGUAAAACAACAACCAACAAUCAGGAACAACAUCGUCGUCAUCAUCAUCAUAGUCGUCGUCGUCAGCAUCAUCAUCAGCAAACACCAACAACAACAAAAUACAAACAAUUUAAACAAUGGUAGAGAUGUAUGGAUGGAUGGAUUGAUGAUGAGAGGUGAGAUAGAGUUGGAGAAUGAAAGUAUAAAAAAAACUAAAUGAAAGCAGCGUUAAGAAAAAAAUUAAAACUAAAUAAAAACAAAUAAUUUAUAUACAAUUAGUUACAACAAAGCUGUAAUUUAGAGAAAAAAAAAAGAAAACAAAAAAGGAAAAAAACCAUACUUCUAAUAAAAAUAGAGAAAAAUUUAAAUUAAAAACAAAAGUAAUAAUUUUAAACAAAAGAAACUUAAAAUAAGCCCCGUACAUUUCGUUUUUUAAAUACACACAUACAAACAAUUCCCCCCUCCCCUCAGAGAUACAACAUAAAAAGAAAAGGAUUAAGAGGCGGCCAUUAUUAAACAAUUUGAUAAGAAGCCCCAGGCAUGCAAAGCGAAGGAAAGAAAGGACUACAAACAUUUGACAAGUCAGAUGGAGAGCGAGAGAAAAGAAUUCGAAAGCGAAGGAGCCUCUAAAGCAUUUUUUCUAAUUUAAAGGCUCAACUAUUUAAAAGAAAAAAAUUACAAAACAAUACAACACAAAAAACACAGUUAAUUAAAAAUAAAACAUUAUUUAAAAUUAAGAAAAUAUUAAAUAAAAAGUUGAAAAAAAAUCAUAAAAAAUAAA